AUAUGUGCACGUACAAGAAGGCGCCCCGCGGAAUUGCUCCAUGCGUCUGGCGAUCGGAUCAUUCUUGAGCAUAGAGAGGGUGCGCAGAGAGAGAGAGAGAGAGGGGGAGUGUGUGUGUGUGUGUGUGAGAGAGAGAUCCUCAGAACGAAGCAGUAGCAGCAGCAGCGUCGGUCGGUCGAUCGAUCGAUCGCCUUUCGUCUCCCUUCCUUUCACUGCUUCCUUAGGUCGAUCGCGCCAGCGCUUGCGGCAGAGCUCUGCAAUUUUGUGGGUGCGUGCUGUCGCCGGCUUUUCUUUCGUUCGAUUGUCGGUCGGCGCUCGGGCGAGAGAGUGAGAGAGUGAGAGAGAGAGAGAGAGGGUUGAGGAGGUUGAGGAGGUUCGAGGCGAGGAGCGAUCAUGUCGUGGCAAGCGUACGUCGACGAGCACUUGAUGCUGGAGAUUUCUCCGGGGCAUUGGCUGAGCUCGGCGGCGAUCAUCGGGCAGGACGGGAACGUGUGGGCGCAGAGCGCCAACUUCCCCGAGCUGCAGGGGGAUGAAAUCGACAAGGUCGUCAAGGGCUUUGUGGACGCGGCUCAGAUCUCGAUGCACGGCUUGUAUCUGGGGGGCCUCAAGUACAUGGUCAUCCAGGGCGAGCCCGGCCAGGUUCUGCGCGGGAAGAAGGGGACCGGAGGUGUGUGCAUCAAGAAGACGAACAGCGCUUUGGUGAUCGGUCUGUACGAGGAUCCCACCAAACCGGGCGAGUGCAACAUUGUGGUCGAGAGGCUGGGCGAUUAUCUGUACGAACAGGGAAUUUAAGCGGGCGCGCUCGUCUCAUCGCAUCACAUCGCAUCGGAACCUGGGUCUUCGGGAGGCUGCUGCUGCUGCUGCUGCUGCCGCGAGUCUUCAUGUACAAGUAUUGAGUGUCGCUAUGGAAUUACGAUUUGAUGGUGGAGUCUUUCACAUGCCCACACUGUGGAGAACAACAAUGGGGCGCCCAUGAGUUGCAUGACAUGAGCGGAAGUUCAUUUGUUCGAGCCCACUUGGCUUCCGGUGGCCUGGUUGCAGUUUUCUGCUUAGAUCAUCGACAUGAUGCCCAUGAAUUGCACCGAUUGGAUGCCCGAGGCCCACUUGACUGGCUUAGCGUUUGGUGAGAUACCUGUCUGCUCGGACGUACGAGCAGACGUUUUGCUGCUGCAUCGUUAUAGGAGUUCAAGAGGAUCCAGGACCUUUGCCACGGACUUCGUCAGUCCUCUGAUAUCUGGCUUGUAGAAUAUAGGAGCCUUUCUCUUUUCGUUGAGCAUGUUGAUGAUCAUGUACUCUGCGUCAUCGAUGGCUUGGGGUUCGCAGUCAACAUUUUACUAGUUUUGGGAACCCUUACUGUCAGACCUCGAAAGUGGGACAUAUUUGUCAUAGUUUUGAACUUACCAGUCUCCUCUUUCCUUCUUCUGUUGGAUUCCCAGGCCGUCUACGUUUUCUGUGCACUUCUCUCACAAAGUAAUAAAAUCCAAAAAAAUUUCUC